GGUGCAAUUUAAAUGGAUCAAGGGGUAAUUACUCCAAACCGCCAGGUGGCGCUGUGUUUUCAUCAUCACCGGUUGUUGACCAAUCAUCGGUGUCCAGCAGUUUGAACAAGAAGCGGGUUAAGCACAUUAGCAGGGUUAUAGUUGUCAUUUCAAACAUGAAGCCAGUGAAGCCGUUGAUUCUGAAGACAUACGGUAAGCAGAGGCGAAAGCUGUCCGCCUGGAUUUCUCCGGAAAACCGCAAGCAGGCCUUCGAUAGCACCCUCUCAUCAGACGCUGACGUCUCCGUCUUUGAGCCCGCAAAACCUGCGAGGAUAAGAGAGAGGAGAACUAGUGUUGCCAGCCGUAGAGCGGCCCGUCCUGCCAAGAAAAAAGCCAUGCUAUGUAUGACAGAGAAGAGCAAUGAGGAGAACGUCGUCAUCCCCUCUCCUCAGCCUGCACAGCAGAGCAAGACAGCAAGAGGGAAGAAGACUAGUGUUUGCAGUGGUAGAGCAGUCCGUCCUGCCGAGAGAAAAGCUGUGUUAUGGCUGACAGAGAACAGCAGUGAUGAGGAGAACGUCAGCAAACCCUCUCAGCUCACACAGCAGAGCAAGACAACCAGAAAAAGCCGGCUCCUGUCUGCUCCAGGAGUUGUGAUGAGGCGGAAGGGCCAGCAGGUUCCAAUGAUCAGUGAGAGUGAGGACGACUCAACGUCUCCUCCAAAAUGUCACAAAAAUUCUGUUCAAAUGAAGAGAGACCCUAAUGUUCAUCCUCCUUCUGUGGGCCGCUUUGUAACCCGUCGCAGACGUCAGGCUGCCGCCAAACCCAAACUCCCUAAAGCAUUAGUCAGUAUUCUCAACUCUUCAGAUGACUUUGCUUCCAGAGCCUUUUGUUCCAGUGGUAUUCUUCAGCCUUCCAGGAGGAGGAGGGUCCCUCCAGCAUUUUUGGUGUCGAGUGCGGAGAACUCAGUGAAUGCUGCAGGGACUUUGAGCUUUGCCACCAAUCCCCUCCGAGAGAUAUCCCUCAACGAGUCGGCAGAACAAAGCCUCGGGCCCUGCCCCAGGAAACCCAUCUUUUGCUCUACACCCUCAGCAGGCUCCUUCAGCAAACGUCCACACCUUAAACUCUUUCCCCUUAAUGAUAAGUCCUCCACCCCUCCAUCCAUCUCAGUAAGCUGUAUAGGUGUCCUGAGCCCAUUUCAAGUAGAUCGGGAUUCACCAGGGCAGCCUGUCUUCUCACCAAAUUUUGCACCACCCACUGGGUGCCACAAUGAGGAGAAGCUGCCGUCAAGCCUUGGUGAACAAGAACCAGACCUGCGUCACUGCGAAGAACCUUCUGGUGAUUUAUUUAUGGAGCCCAAGAGCACAAACAAGAGAAGCAGCUGUAGUGAGGACGCCAAAAGCCACAGCGAAGACUCAAAGACCACAAAUGGCGGGGACUUACCAAGUCUAAGUCUGCUCUCUACAGACAGUGAAAGCAGCAGUAAUUUUGUGUCAGCAGCUGGAGGGUUAGAGUGGCUGAUAGAAGCACUGAAAGAGAAAUGUUUGACCGAGCUCUGUACAGUGCAGCUGGAGAGAUUACACAACCUCACUGUGACUCAGCUUUGUAGUCAAACGACAUACUCAUCCUGUUUGGAACAUUCAAGCUCAGUUUACAGCCAGCAAACAAAUGAGCAUCCACUGUCUGUGGACAGCAGUCAAGCUACUGACCUUUUGCAGUCUUCAGGUGCAUCAACUAAUCUUAAUUUAUCUGUGACAAACAAUAAAAUCAGAGAUUAUUUACAGUCACCAAAUAGUUUUGAGUCUCCAGAACAGGCAGCUUCAGUGACUGACAUUUCACCAUCAGUUGACUGUAAGCAGACAGCUGAAUACUCAUCGGCAUCAGUACUUUAUGAUGAAUCUACCCACCACACGGAGAGCAGCGUUGAAUUUAUUAUGGGCAGACAAUUACCAGCCAACAGCCCUGUGCAAACACGGUUUACUGAAGAAAAGGCUGUAGCAGUAAAGGAAAAAUGUCUUGCUAAGAAAUGCACCAUUCAGCUCAAAACAUUGGCACAACUGACUGUUCAGCAACUCAAAGGGUUCACAAAGCAGAAGGAGACAUGUUUGACUUGUGACGAUAGGUUUGUUAAUCCAGAUGCAAACAUGUCUGAAAAUGACCGCACACACAACAUUGAUGACCCAGAAGACCUCACAUGUUCAGGUGAAACCACCCCUGCAGAAAAGGUGGCGUCUGUUAGACAGUCAAUAAACAUCAUCUGUCCAGUUGCCCAGACACAGUGCAGUGAUCCAGAGACGGAUGAACCGGCAGCGCUGCUCACAACGAUGCUGAAAGAGAAAUGUCUAUCUGACAAACUCACUGUCGAGAUAAAGAGAGCAACUUUAUCACAGUUGAAAGAAAUUCUGCAGCUUAAAGACAAAAAGCUUAAAUCACCCACAGUCGCGUCAGACUCAGCCAGUGAUGAACAGAUAAAGAAUAAUCACCAGUCUGAGAGUGACACUAAUCUCUGUGAUGAAGACACUCAUGUGAAAGUCAAUUUGAAAAAGAGGAGCUCAGCUAGUUCUGAAAACAAGAUUGCCUCAGACUGUGGCAUUCUGCCCAAAAGAAAAAAGAUGUCUCUGGCUCCUAAAGAACGGAAAAGGACGAGCAGAUCUACAGACCAGCCUGGGACGACCAGGAAAGCAUGUGUGAGUGGUCUGAGCGUGAGUCGCUGGAAAAACAAAGGCAGCACCAGCACGCACAAGUGGGCAGGCGGUGUCAAGGCUGUGGACUGCAGCAUCAAUGAGCUGAUCUCCACGCAACGCAAACAGCCAAGGGAGCUUGGAACAACUAUGACUUUCUCUACCCCGGUGAGAGCGAGUCCACUCAACCUCUCGUCUCUGUUGGCUGACUUCACACCAAACACACAAACCUGGAGCCGACUGAAGGCCGCCCUCUCUGUUCAUCGCAAAGUGCUACUCACUCCAAGGAGUUUACAUCUGUCAGGCUCUCCUGGGAGAACAGCUUUGGCAGACAUCAGCCAGGAUCUCUUUGCCACACCCUUGCGGAUGCUGCUCCCCAAACAACUCCAGUCACAGCUGUACCAUGAUUCUCUGGUUGAAUGUGAGGAAGCAGAUCUGUCGGAUGCAAAAAAGGUGUAUGCUGAGUGUGGCCAGCAACGCCCUCUGCCCUGGGAGGAGUGCAUUCUCCCUCACCGUAUGAAACGGUGUGUUAAGAUUGGGGAGGGGACCUUCGGGGAGGUCUUCUCCACCACCGGUGCCUCAGGAGACACUGUUGCUCUCAAAAUAAUUCCAGUAGAGGGCAGUGAGAAGGUGAAUGGAGAAGACCAGAAGACCUUUGGAGAGAUUCUCCAUGAGAUUAUUAUCUCAAAGGAGCUGAGCAGCCUGAAAAAGAAGCAACAAAACCAGACUCACAGCUUUAUUGGACUAAAUGAUCUCCAUUGCGUUCGAGGCUGUUACCCUCCAGAUUUCCUGAAUGCUUGGGACACAUUCGACCAACAGAAAGGCUCCGAGAAUGACAGACCAGAUUUCUUUGAAAAGGAUCAGUUAUUCAUAAUUCUGGAGUUUGAGUUUGGAGGCAUCGAUCUAGAGAACAGCAGUGGAACGCUGGCGUCUUUGGGGGUGGCGAAGAGCAUCCUUCAUCAGGUUACUGCUGCCUUGGCUGUUGCUGAGCAGGAGCUACACUUUGAACACAGGGACCUCCACUGGGGCAAUGUGCUGGUCAAAACAACCAAGCAGAAGACGGGGAGCUUUCUCCUGAAUGGAACAGCCCACUCUCUGGAAACCAAAGGGGUGCUGGUCCGCAUCAUUGACUACUCUCUCUCCAGAUUAGAAAUCGAUGAUCUGACAGUGUCCUGUGACAUCUCGAAGGACGAGGAGCUUUUCAUGGGCCAGGGAGAUUACCAGUUUGAUAUCUACAGACUGAUGAGACAGGAGAAUGGAAACAACUGGAGUGAGUUCCACCCCCAUACCAAUGUGCUGUGGCUCCACUACCUGUGCUCCAAGCUGCUUUCCAUGAAGUACCGGGGCUCAGGAGGGAGGGGUGCCAAGGACAUGCGAGAGGAGCUCUCCCGUUUCUAUGACAACGUCCUCCAGUAUAGCUCUGCCACUGAGGCGCUGCAAAACUGCCCCAUGUUUCAGUAGUAUGUGAGCGCUGAACACAUGACGUGUGAGGAGGCUAACCCACAGACUGUUUUUUAGUAUGAAGGAGGUAAAAUGUAUGUGGGUCAACUCAAGUCGACUUCCUUUAGUCAGCAGUUGGCUGGUCAACCUUCAUGACCUCUGAUCUAACCAUAAAGACGGUCAUUGAUUCCCUUCUAACACAAUGACAGAGGUAUCUUAAUGUACAGUGUAUACAGGACUGUCAUUUGACAAAGGUUAUUAAAAUGACCAUGUGAAAAUUA